CCUUUGAUUGCACUACGUUUGGGCUGUAUUAAAUGUUUUGUGUGUACGUGUUUUUAAAUAUUUGUUGUUACACUGAAAAAGGUUUAAAGUGCAUUUAAUAAUAGAAUAUAUUGAAAAAUUAAACAAUUUAAUAGUAAAACCUAAAUAAGAAAAUUUAAGAGUAAAACCUAAAUAAGAAAUUAGAGGGUUUUUUAAUUUAUAAUUGCCGCAAAAUAAAUUUUUGAAGGCCUAAAUAUUUUAAAAUUUACGAGUGUGACAGAGACAGUAUUGUUACCCUCAAACGGCUAACAUUUUUGUUGUCGUGUCCUGUCUAUUAAAGCAAUUAAUUUUUAAAAAAGAUUCAGUUUUCAUCGAAUAAAUAUGACUGAAGUCGAACAACCACCGCAGAAUGGCAUUGAUUUGUCAGCGGCUGAAGAUGAAGAAAGUAGCAAAGCCCGACCUGCCGAUAUUGAACAGGAUAUGCGUGAAAUGGAGCGUCGUAAGCGCGUUGAAGCUAUUAUGGGUUCAAAACUCUUCCGUGAAGAAUUAGAACGUAUUGUUGACUGUGCUCGAGAUAGCGGAAAUGCAGCAGGAAUACUACAACAACUGUCUGAUAUAGUUGGUGUGCCAUCGUCCCGUGUUGGUAGCGUCUUUAAGACUUCUACCUGCAUGUUGCCCAUUAAUGACAUACGUGGUGUAGAGUCAAUGGGCUAUGCAAAAGGUGAAAAAAUUUUGCGUUGCAAAUUGGCUGCAACUUUUCGCUUGUUAGAUUUAUAUGGAUGGACCCAAGGUUUAGGUGCUCAGAUUACUGCACGUCUUAAAGUUGACCAGGAAUAUUUUUUGGUCAAUCCUUUUGGAUUGUUGUACCACGAGAUAACUGCUUCAUCGCUUAACAAAGUUGAUAUGCAAGGAAAUAUUGUUGAACAAGGCACUACAAAUUUUGGUGUCAAUAAGAGUCAUUUUGUACUUCAUUCUGCGGUACACGCUGCACGACCAGAUAUUCGUUGCGCUAUCUAUAUUGGCUGCAGCCCAGUGGUAGCUAUAUCGUCUUUAAAAACCGGUUUACUGCCUUUGACUAAGGAUGCGUGUGUUUUGGGCGAAUUAACAACUUAUUCAUACACUGGUUACCUUCAUGACGAAGAAGAACGUAAUAAAUUGGUUAGGAAUUUGGGCCCCAACUCAAAGGUUAUGCUCUUGACCAAUCACGGUGCCUUGUGCUGUGGAGAAACAAUUGAAGAAGCAUUUUUUGCUGCCUGUCACAUUGUUCAGGCUUGUGAAACUCAACUUAAAUUACUGCCAGUUGGUUUGGAUAAUCUGGUUUUGAUUCCCGAGGAAUCACGUAAAAUAAUUUACGAUCAAUCGAGACGUCCUCCAGAGGACUUAGAAAAGAAAUUUGCUGCAGCGACAAUAACUGAUUCCAACAAGUCAGAAGAAGAGAAGAAGGAAGGUGUUGAAACUACAACAAAAGUAAUAGGUCAAGCACCUAAAUGGCGUGUGGGCGGUGCUGAGUUCGAGGCUUUAAUGCGUAUGCUUGAUAAUGCUGGCUAUCGCACAGGCUAUAUUUAUCGACAUCCUUUGAUAAAAUCCGAUCCACCUAAACCUAAAAAUGACGUUGAGUUACCACCUGCAGUAUCAUCUUUGGGUUAUUUAUUAGAAGAGGAAGAACUUUUCCGUCAAGGUAUCUGGAAAAAAGGCGACUUGCGCAAAGGUGGAGAUCGUAGCCGUUGGCUUAAUUCACCAAAUGUAUAUCAAAAAGUCGAAGUGUUGGAAACAGGCACUCCAGACCCCAAAAAGAUAACCAAGUGGGUUGCUGAAGGUUCGCCGACUCAUUCAACACCUGUGCGCAUUGACGAUCCAUUACAAUUUGUGCCAGUCAAUACGAAUCCUAAGGAAUUUAAAAGAGUUCAACAACAGAUUAAGGAUAAUCGUCGUGCCGAUAAAAUAUCAGCAGGUCCUCAGUCACAUAUUCUAGAAGGUGUUACAUGGGAUGAGGCAAACCGUAUUAAAGAUGCUACUGUUAGUUCAGCCGGUGAUCAUGUUGUUUUAAUGGGCGCUGCAUCAAAAGGCAUUAUACAGCGUGGCUUUCAACAUAAUGCAACUGUAUACAAAGCUCCGUAUGCUAAAAAUCCAUUUGAUAAUGUAACUGAUGACGAAUUAAAUGAAUACAAGCGUACCGUGGAACGUAAGAAGAAAAGUAUUCAUGGUGAAUACACUGAUACCGAUUUCUCUGAAUCCGAAGCAUUAAGUUCAUUACAAACAUCAGGCGCACAGCAACAAACUAAACAAACUACAACUACCACAACCACUACAACUGCCGCCGUUAGUCAAUCAGAACCAGAAGAUAUUUCAGAACACCAUGUUAUGAGAAUACAAACCGAACAGGCCCCAGUUCCCAGUCAACCAGAAGUAGUUUUGAGCGAUGAUAUUCAAUAUUUUAUGAAACCAUAUCAAACGCCACAAUACUCUAACAUCCAUGAAUCAUUACAUUUAACGAGCAAUUCAUCAUCAAUAAACCACUAUCAAACAGCCAUAGAAGAUGAGGGAGCUGGUAAAGAAGAAGACGCAAAAUCGUUCUCAAAUCAUUAUCAAGAAAUUAGUUUAAAAUUGCAAAAUAAUCAAAAUUCAAAACUAUUGAAUGCAUUGAACAAUGAUUUAUUUUUCCAAAACCAAAAAGAUAUUGUUAACACAUAUACACCCACUUACACUUUGACUCAAUCACACUCUCAUAAAGACAAAGGUAAUGGUAAUCUUAAUCUAGAAAAUAUGUCCAUAUAUGAUUCUCCUCAUCAAUAUAUAUCGAGGGCUCUUGAUAAAUUUGGUGACACAUCGUUUUACACAUCUUGUGGGAUCAAAAGCGAUGGUUAUUCAACUACAAAUGAUAAAUAUCUAGAACUUAUUGAAAAACAUUUCCAAAUUUGUUGUACUCCCAAAAUAUGUGAUAAAAUAUUUGAAUCUGUCCUGAAGUCUAAAAGUAUAAGUAAUGAAUUUGUUUUAAAGAGUGAUCAUAACUUAAUGGCAGACGUACCUCACAAUAAUUGUGAUGUUUCAUACAGGGGCAGAACUGCAACAAUUCCUUGUUCUAAAUUAAAAUCACCUUUUCGCACAGUGUCUCAUUUUGGAUACAAUUCACCAAUGCGAGAACCCAAACCAGACCAUAAACACCUAUUAUUUAAUCCAGAAUAUGUUCAGAAAUAUGUUCCUUUACGAAGAUCAGUAUCCUAUGAAGAGAUUUUUUCAUCACCGCGUUAUCUUAAUCUUUGUGAAUAUUGUUUUGAACUAGUUGUCCGUUUAAAACCAGAACUAAUGAAAUAUAAAACAAAAUUGCAUAAUUUGACAAAACAUAAAUCCUCAUUUUUGAAAUCGGUCUCUGGUCAAAACGAUUUAGCGCGCAUUACGGCAAAUACUGUUAGCCACGAUUUAUCUGAAAAGGAUUCUUAUAUAACAGACCUUAAUGAAUCCUUUUCUAUAUUUUCCUUCCAAAAAGAUUCGGUUGGCGAAGAGGAAGAUGAAAUAGGUUCUAAAAGAAAUGUUGAUGAUGUAUUAUCAGCCACGACAAAUUCUUUAUUUAAAGAAAAAAUAGCACCACGUAUGAUGUACUCAGAACUACAAUAUAAUACUGUAAGUCCUCAAUUUAGUUUACGAGAAUUUGAAGCUUACGAUAUAAAUACAUCCCAAGAUGAGUGUGUGGAUUAUGAUCUUAAUAAUAAUGGUGUCAAUUCUAAUAACAGCAAUUAUAUGGAUAAUCUUACAAAUCAUAUCAAAAUCAAAGAUAACAGGGAAUGUUUCGAAAAUACAGUUAAAAUUCAUACUUUUUUAGGAAAAUCGCAAAAGUUAAUGAGCCGUGAGGAGCGUUCACGACGUAAAUUAGAAUUUCAGGAAUUGUGGGAAGACCAUGUAAGUUUUGCCGAAAAUCGAGAAAAUAUUAUAGAUAGUAUGCCUAAAAUGGAUACGCCAAAAAAUCUUAAGAAAAAUGUUGCUAUUAGCAUCAAAGGACAUGUAUUAAAUAAUGGAAGCUCGGCAUAUUCACAUUCAAACGAUUUAAAAGUAUAUCAGCAAGAAUUACAUGAAUUUGUUAAAGAGUGUCCAUCAACUAUAUCGACAUUUAAUUCAUCAUUUUUUAACUGUGGCUGUAUGGAGAUUUUAGAUAACGAUGUUGCACCUUUGAAAGAUCAUAGAGCUGAAUGCUUUAAAAUUUCUGCAAAUGACUACCAAUUUGAAGAUAUAAACCAAUUAUUACCUGAACUUAAACAUCUACAAUAUAAAUGUAGUAUUUUGAAUAUUAAAAAUGAUGUAUCGCAAGUGUCCAAAGUGACGAAAAGUCCAGAAACAACUUUAAACGAUUCUGAAAAUGGUUUACAUUUUGCCAAUAAUGACAUUGAUAAUGCAGAUAAAUUUUCACCACUAGAACGCACAAUUUUAGAAAAAAUUAAUACCAAUGAUUUAUGCAAAAGUGAAGAAAUUUUUGGUAAAAUAGAAAAUACCAUUCGUAAUAAGUUAAAUCCAUCUAUGCUUGAAUUGAUAAUUAAAGAACAAGCCACCUUACAUUUGCAAAAAAAUGAAAAUAAAAUAGAAAAACUGAAUUCACCAAAGAGUAAAUCUCUUAUGCGAUCAUGUUCUUUUACUCCACUUAGGUUUAAUUCUUCGACACCAAAGUGUAAAUUAAACAAAACAACUAUAGUUAACAAUAUGCCCGCAUCUAUUAGCCCUCUUAUUAAAAAUUCAAAUAUGACUAAACAUAAAAAUAGAAAAUGUCGAAACUUUAUUUUGGAAAAUAUUCGCAGUGUUUCUGUUCCUCGACAAAUUCCACCAAUCAAACGUUUACAAAGUAAUUUUGAUACAAAAAUUGGAAAAGGAAUUCUUCUACAUGAACAGAACACAUCAUACAUACAUUCUCCUAAAAAACGCAAGAGCGGGCCAUCAGCGGUCUAUACCUUUCAGUCAAAACUAGUAAACGGUUCUCCAAGAUUCUGGAUAAGCAUGCCGCAAAUAUCAACAAAAGUUUCACUAACCCCUUCAACAUCAGGCAUUAAAACAUCCGCUGCUACACCAAAGGACAAACACUCAAAUUCAAUAAAUAGUACUUUAGCAGUCACUCGAAUAAAUAGUGGAGUUGCGACUAAUGUCGAUGCGGAGAUCAAUGCUUUGGGCGAAGAAAUACAACAAAUACAGCCCCGUUUAGAAAAAUAUAAACGCAAAUUAGAUGACUUUGGCAGUCGUGUUACCGAAUGCGUUAAUAACAUAAACGAGUGCGUAACCACUCAAGAGGAUAUUAACAAUGUUCGACAAAAAUUUAAAGAUUGCAUAGAGUUACAUCAAUACACUGAGGAAAUUGUGUGUCGUAUGCAGACUUUCUCAUUAUCUGAAACAGAAGAUUAGCCAUGUGAUGGAAACAAAUUUUACAUAUUUAUUCAUUACAUUAUACCAUACUUACAUCUAUAAUAUAGUUAAAAUUUAAAAAAUGUAAGGUAAACGUAAAAAUAAAAGAAUCACGAGGGAGCGUACACGACGAAUUGGAAAUGCUAUUAUACCAUUACCUUACACCUAACUCACAACUACUAUUACACUAAACACAUUUAUUUAUAAUGUCGCAAACAUAAUU